CCCAGGCUAUGACCCCCUAGUCUCUCCACACUUCAUCUGCUACAACUUCCGGCUUAGACAUGGAAAUUCUUUGUGAAGACAAUAUCUCUCUGAGCUCAAUUCCAAACUCCUUAAUGCAAUUAGGUGAUGGCCCGAGGCUCUACCAUAAUGACUUCAACUCCAGAGAUGCUAACACUUCGGAAGCAUCGAACUGGACAAUUGAUGCUGAAAACAGAACCAACCUCUCCUGUGAAGGGUACCUCCCACCGACAUGCCUCUCCAUUCUUCAUCUCCAGGAAAAAAACUGGUCUGCUUUAUUGACAACUGUCGUGAUUAUUCUCACCAUUGCUGGAAAUAUACUGGUCAUCAUGGCAGUGUCCCUAGAAAAAAAGCUGCAGAAUGCCACCAACUAUUUCCUGAUGUCACUUGCCAUAGCUGAUAUGCUGCUGGGUUUCCUUGUCAUGCCUGUGUCCAUGUUAACCAUCCUGUAUGGGUACCGGUGGCCUUUGCCUAGCAAGCUCUGUGCGAUCUGGAUUUACCUGGAUGUGCUCUUUUCUACGGCAUCCAUCAUGCACCUCUGCGCCAUCUCCCUGGACCGCUAUGUCGCCAUCCAGAACCCCAUUCACCACAGCCGCUUCAACUCCAGAACCAAAGCCUUCCUGAAAAUCAUUGCCGUGUGGACCAUAUCUGUAGGUAUAUCCAUGCCAAUCCCAGUCUUUGGACUACAGGAUGAUUCGAAGGUCUUUAAGGAGGGGAGCUGCCUGCUUGCCGAUGACAACUUUGUUCUCAUAGGCUCUUUUGUGGCAUUUUUCAUCCCCCUAACCAUCAUGGUGAUCACCUACUUCCUGACUAUCAAGUCACUUCAGAAAGAAGCCACCUUGUGUGUGAGUGACCUCAGCACUCGAGCCAAACUAGCCUCCUUCAGCUUCCUCCCUCAGAGUUCUCUGUCAUCAGAAAAGCUCUUCCAACGGUCCAUCCACAGAGAGCCAGGCUCCUACGCAGGCCGAAGGACGAUGCAGUCCAUCAGCAAUGAGCAAAAGGCGUGCAAGGUGCUGGGCAUCGUGUUCUUCCUGUUUGUUGUAAUGUGGUGCCCAUUCUUCAUCACCAAUAUCAUGGCCGUCAUCUGCAAAGAAUCCUGCAAUGAAAAUGUCAUCGGAGCCCUGCUCAAUGUGUUUGUCUGGAUUGGUUAUCUCUCCUCAGCUGUCAAUCCACUGGUAUAUACGUUGUUCAAUAAAACUUAUAGGUCCGCCUUCUCAAGGUACAUUCAGUGUCAGUACAAGGAAAACAGAAAGCCACUGCAGUUAAUUUUAGUGAACACUAUACCAGCAUUGGCCUACAAGUCUAGUCAGCUCCAGGUGGGACAGAAAAAGAACUCACAGGAAGAUGCUGAGCAGACAGUUGAUGACUGCUCCAUGGUUACACUGGGGAAACAACAGUCGGAAGAGAAUUGUACAGACAAUAUUGAAACCGUGAAUGAAAAGGUUAGCUGUGUGUGAUGAACUGGAUGCUAUGGCAAUUGCCCAGGGCAUGUGAACAAGGUUAUACCCAUGUGUGUGGGGCGGGGAUAAGGAGGCUGCAACAAAUUAG